AUGAAAUUCUUAACAGGCGUAGCCUUGGAAGUAAUCCAAAUUAUUGCGAUUUUAUCCUCUGUUUCUGAAGGACGAGAUUUUCAGUGCAAGUCAACCACAAUUUCCGAUGAAGACCUUGAAUCUAUCCGUGUACUCGCAUGUAACAGCUUGCAAACAACCAUGGAAACGUCAAAAAUCGACAUUAAAUCCAAGGGCAAGGAAGAACUUAGCUACGAUUGGGACCUUUCCGAGCCGUUGGUGUUGGCACAAAUGAAAGAUGAAAGCAUUUCACAAGUGCAGCUCAAUAGCAAUUGCGAAAUCACAUCAAUCAGAGUGUCCAGUAAAGAGAAUGAUGACGAAAUUUGCACAAAAGAAAAGUCUAUCAUAAAGCGUCAAGAUCAACAUGUGGUUUGCAAUGGUGUUACAUUCUGGAAGGAAAGAGUCGAAAGAAUAGCUGCUUCAGGUUGUGAAAAUGGGGUAAUCGAUGAUAGACAACCGCUUGAGAUGUAUACUCACCAACCGCCCACCUUCAGUCUUACAAAUCACUAUUCGAAAUUUAUUCAGACGUUUGGUAAACCCUAUCGGAAGGAUUAUAGUUAUCCAUCACUUGCCGUUUUUGAUAGUAAUUGUCACGUUUUAGGAGUGAUGGUUAAGAUCAAUGGUGUAUUUCUUCCUUGCCCCUGGUAA